GAGAGAGAGAGAGAAAGAGAGAGGUGGGAUGUCUCCUCCGAGCUGAAUAGUUAAAUAGGAUUGUUGUUUUGCUUGACCUUUAUACUCCGUUUGGUGGUUUUUGCCGGGCCAGACAACCUACCAGUUGUUGCGGCUCUUUCAAGAGAGAGAAAUUCCUUUUAUACACACUCAAACACACACACAGAUGACCCUCUGCUGUGCUAAUGGGAUCUCACUCUCGCCUUCCUACCUGAAUCACUACCGCCAUUACUUCCUCCGAUACCUUUGAUUCAGUCACUCACUCCUUUAUUUUGUCUCUUACAGGACUCUUGAUUUCUAGUUUGAUCUUGUAAUAGUUGUCUUCACAAUUUGCUUCUGUCCACCUGAGAUUCUUUGAGCUAAUUGAUGGGUUCUAGAUUCCCAUCUCAUCAACUUAGCAAUGGCCUCUUCGUCUCGGGGAGGCCAGAGCAGCACAAAGAAAAGACUCCGACGAUGAGUUCGGUGGCAAUGCCCUACACCGGUGGCAAUAUUAAGAAGUCUGGAGAAUUGGGAAAAAUGUUUGAUAUUCCUACGGAUGGCUCGAAGUCUAGGAAGUCUGGACCUCUCAAUGUUGCUCCUACAAGGACUGGAUCGUUUAGUGGUGCAACUCAUUCAGGACCAAUUAUGCCAAAUGCAGCCCCUCGGGCGGGUUAUACCACCUCUGGUCCUAUUUCUUCUGGCAUGAUGACUAGUUCAACCUCGUUCAAGAAGUCGACUUCUGGGCCACUAAACAAACAUGGGGAGCCUGUAAAGAAAGUAUCUGGCCCUCAAUCAGGCGGAGUGACACGCCAAAAUUCUGGACCUAUUCCUUCAGUUCUUCCUGCUACUGGACUCAUAACAUCUGGUCCCAUUUCUUCUGGUCCAUUAAACUCAUCUGGGGCACCUAAAAAAAUGUCUGGUCCUUUGGAAUCAAUGGGUUCAAUGAAAAUAAAUGGCCCUUCGAUAGCACAAAAUCCGGCUGUGACUACCCUUAGCCCAGAUGAUGAAUAUUCUUUUGGAAAGAGCUUCCCAAAAUUAAUAUUGUGGUCUGUGAUUCUCAUAUUUGUCAUGGGGCUAAUUGCUGGUAGUUUUAUUCUUGCUGCAGUUCACAAUCCUGUUCUUCUCAUUGUUGUAAUUCUACUCUUUGGAGUAGUUGUUGCAAUAUUUACUUGGAACAGCUGUUACGGAAAGAGAGCUCUUAUCGGUUUCAUUUCUCAGAAUCCUGAUGCCGAACUUCGUACUGCAAAAAACGGCCAAUAUGUCAAAGUUUCUGGGGUUGUUACAUGUGGCAAUGUGCCUCUCGAGUCAUCCUUCCGUAAGGUUCCUAGAUGUGUCUAUACAUCUACAAAUUUAUAUGAGUAUCGAGGGUGGGGUUCGAAACCUGCAAAUCCUGGUCAUCGCCGAUUCACAUGGGGACUGAGAUCAUCGGAGAGACACGUGGUCGACUUUUACAUCUCGGAUUUUCAGUCCGGAUUGAGAGCCUUGGUUAAGACUGGUUAUGGUGCUAGGGUGACUCCAUAUGUUGAUGACUCUUUUGUUGUUGAUGUUAAUCCAUCAAACAAAGACUUAUCUCCAGAGUUCGUUCGAUGGCUCGGAAGGAGGAAUCUUUCAAGCGAUGAUCGUGUAAUGCGGUUACAAGAAGGGUACAUAAAGGAGGGUAGCACGGUUAGCGUGAUGGGAGUUGUUCAGAGAAACGAUAACGUGCUUAUGAUCGUCCCCCCACCCGAACCGUUAACCACGGGAUGCCAGUGGGGCAAGUUCAUUUUUCCAGCUAGCCUUGACGGUAUCGUCCUCAGAUGCGAGGACUCGUCAAAAGUCGAUGUCAUUCCUGUGUAGUGAUAUGUGCAUAAGAAACUUGUUGAGGUAAUUACGGUUUCUUGAACAAUAUUUUGAUGGUGUUGGUGCAUCCACUGAACAACCAAAGAGGACAUUAGGCAUUUUUUUUUGUGCUCCCCACUUCUCUUGGCUUGAUGUAUAGUUUGUAUUCAUAUUCCCUUUAUAUCUUCUUAGAGCUUGAAAUUACAUUGUUGGGUUUGUUUUUGUAUGAAGAAGAAACACAUUGAAUCUUGAGCUGACUGACUGGUAGUCUUAUGUGAAGAAAUGCAAUUAUUUGUGCCAUGCCAA